CCUUGCUCAAGCGCUCAUCUUGAUGCCAUUUCCCCCUUCAGGGCUGCUCUCAACUCGCUAGUAUCGACUCUGAGAUUGUUAUAGAUCCAAAUAAAUCGCCCAUGACAAGAGUACUCCGGAACUCCGGGCUCACUUUAAGGCGUUGAGAGAGAAUGGCAAGAUGUUGAAGCCUCCGUAUCAAUAACACAGGCACGAAUGCCUGCACUCCUCUGCGACCUGCAUCUCACCUGCCGCUUCUGGGACUUCCGGGUCUCCUGCCACGUGCUGGCCAAACACACAACUGACGUCUAGCGUGCUUUCAAUUGCAGACAUCUCGGCUUUUCUUGAGCGGUCUACUCAUUGGCGUUGGGCGUUUGGCCGUUCCAUUUUCUGUUCACUCCAAAAUCGAGACGAAGCCGCUCUUCGUCUGUUACCAGCCAGAAGCCAACUGGAAUUCCUUCUCGCUUCUCGCUUCGCGCUCCGCUCCAAACCUUCGAACGGGUCCAAAGCAAACCUGCUUUGACUUCCACGACACUUGCCAGUGCAGCAUUGCAAUCAUGGACGCUUCUGAUCCGAAUCGUCACUUCUUUGGUCCAGAGACCCCGCCCAGACCAUCACCAGCCUCAGAUGCGUUAGAAGACAGGCUUGAUGUGGGUUCUGACGGCACGGUUGACCGUCUCAUUAAGAAGCGUAGCUCUAUCGGCGAUCAACGCCCGUCAAUGGCCGUUUUCAUCCACGCUGGCGCUGGCUACCAUAGCCUCCAGAACGAGAAUGUUCACCUCACUAUGUGUGGGAAGUAGGUCCUCUCGCAACCCCUUCCUUUUCCCAUGGAGCAACUUGUAAAGCAACAUCGAUACUGAUAAACGCCAGGGCUGCCCAAGCGGCCAUGAAGUGCUUGAAGGCCGGCGGUUCGGCCACUGACGCCGUAGAGGCUGCCAUCGUGGUUCUGGAGAACAACGAUAUCACAAACGCGGGCUACGGAAGUAAUCUUUCAGCCGAUGGUAUUGUCGAGUGCGAUGCCACCGUUGUCGAUCACUUUGGACGUAGCGGAGCUUGUGGCGCUGUUUCCUAUAUCAAGAACCCAAUCUCGCUUGCAAAACUCAUCCUCGACACCAGCCUGAGACCUUUGACCCUUCGGCGCGUGCCCCCCAACAUUUUGGUCGGUAAGGGGGCCACGAAGUUCGGGUUGGAGCACGGAAUGUCUCUCGUCAAGAACAGGGCACUCAUUUCAAAGAAUGCUCUUCAACGUUACAUGAAGUGGUGUGACGACCUCAGCAAAGCUCAAGCACGUGUGACACAGGAGUCUGGGCAGACGCAGGCUGAAGCGGCUUCCCCUGAAGAGGCCAAGUACAGUUCUGUCCCCGGGCCCGUGAUCGAGCCGGUUGUCCAGGCCGAAGCUCUCGGCGGGCUGCAGUCUCUGACCAACAUCAGGGCUGGCCAAGACCUCACGACACGCAAUCACUCGUCUGCCCUUCUCACCGGAAUGUGGAACGAGGGCCAGCCCGACUCACCUUGCGACUCUGCCUCGCCCAGCGCACCAGCUUCCGAUCCUAGCACCCCAACCAAGCCGUCGCCCCUCGCAGCGGCUCUGCAGAACGGAAUCCAGACCCCUACCAGAUCCCCGAGAGGUUUUAACAUGACCCGCCCCAUCGACGCUACUGAUGGUCCGGUGAGGGAGUCCCGAUCCAAGCGCCUCAAGACCUCUUCCGAAGACUAUGUCAACACAGCUAAUGGCGCGAGUGACCUCUCGGAUGACUCUUGGGACUGGGUGGACCACUCUGUGGCCGAGAAGCUGUUCUCUCGGCCCUCCAGCGGAAUCGACCUCACCGAGCUGACCGCCGAGCCCGACAAGGCCGAUAACGACAAGAUCACAGACACUAUUGGUGCCAUUGCGAUCGACGGCCAGGGCAACAUAGCAGCGGGUUCCUCGUCGGGUGGCAUCGGCAUGAAACAUAAAGGGCGUGUGGGUCCGGCGGCGCUCGUGGGGAUUGGCACAUUUGUGAUGCCGCUUGACCCGGACGAUGAGGAGGCCCGCUGCGUAGCGACCGUGACCAGCGGCACGGGCGAGCACAUGGCUACCACCAUGGCGGCUCACAAGUGCGCUGACCGGCUAUACCACAUGACCAAGGCCGGUCCCGGCGGGAACAACACAGGGGACGUGCCGGACGAGGGCACUAUCAUGGCCGACUUCGUCACGCGCGACUUCAUGGGCCACCCAGGCGUGCGCAACCAGACCAGCGCCGGCGCGAUCGGCGUCCUUGCUGUCAAGGCGACGUCGUCUGGAAUUUAUAUGCACUGGGCGCACAACACCGACUCGUUUGCCCUUGCGCACAUGGCUUCUUACCACAAGGAGCCCCAGUGCGUCAUGAGCCGCCUCGGCCAGGGAAGUGGACCUGUCAAUAUUGGCGCGCAGAAGGUCCUUCGUGAUCAUGCGGCCGGCUCGAAGUCUCGUGGCUAAAGCUUUCGACCUGGCGGCGCGAUACGACUUUUGGAGGGACGAAUCACCGGCGAAAUGGAUCGCUGGUUUUCUGAGCACGGCUGGCAUGGACUUGGCUGGGUUAUGGCUAGAUUGCACUGGUGGGCUUCACGCCCUCGAUUUCCUCCUCGCUUUAUUCACGUAGCCUAGACCGUCUCGAUAGAUUGCACAAAUACAGAUCAUUUUCCUAGA